AGCGAAUGUUUUUUCCGGUUUGGAGGUUUGCCAGUUGUUUGCGAAGCAGAAGUCACUCGAAAAGGAUUAGCUGGUCUGUUCGCUGAUGAGAUUUUUAUUAUAGAUGUUUUACGUUGCUUUGUAUGAGCUACUUUGAACACCGCGGACACUUCGAGACAUAUCGCUGAACCCCCCCCCCUGCUGUUGCCAUGGCAAUCCUGUUUGCUGUGGUGGCCCGUGGAACCACCAUCCUGGCCAAGCACGCGUGGUGUGUCGGUAACUUCUUGGAAGUGACUGAACAGAUUUUAGCCAAAAUUCCCUCUGAGAACAACAAACUGACUUACAGUGAUGGCAGCUAUCUCUUUCAUUACAUCUGCCAUGACAGAAUCAUAUAUCUGUGUAUCACUGAUGAUGACUUUGAGAGGUCACGUGCAUUCAACUUCCUCAAUGAGAUCAAAAAACGCUUUCAGACAACAUACGGGUCCCGAGCACAAACAGCCCUGCCUUACGCCAUGAACAGCGAGUUCUCCUCAACACUGUCAGCCCAGAUGAAACACCACUCAGACCCGCGGGGGUUAGAUCGUCUCACCGAGACUCAGAUGCAGGUGGAUGACUUAAAGGGCAUUAUGGUCCGCAACAUUGACUUGGUUGCACAGAGAGGAGAGAAGCUGGAGCUGCUGAUUGACAAAACAGAAAAUCUGGUUGAUUCAGUAAGUUUAAAUUAAUACUUUGUCUAUGGUAGUUUUGCACAGGUUGUUUGAUUUCUGUUCUACAUCAUUUUAAACCUUAACUUUUUUUUU